UCCGUCCACGGGUUUCCCUGGAUCAGCAGUAACCCAAACACCGAUGUCUGCUGGGGAAGAAAACAUAACCUCGACGACAGCAGCAUCGAAAACGAUGGCGACAGCAGUUGAUAGUGGUACCAUUACAGGAGACAAUAAUACAACAGAUGGGCCCAGUAAUAAUAUGACGACUGUUGAAGUUUCGACUUUGCCUCUAAUGUCAAGCAUGAGCGUAGACAACAUCACGUCAACACUGCCACCGCCUGGCAUGGAAAAUUUAACUUCGACGCCAGACAUUGGGAAUUCAACUUCGACACCAGACAUGGGGAAUUCAACUUCGACGCCAGAUAUGGGGUAUUCAACUUCGACGCCAGACAUGGGGAAUUCAACUUCGACGCCAGACAUGGGAAAUUCAACUUCGACACCUGAUAUCGGGAAUUCAACUUCGACACCAGACAUGGGGAAUUCAACUUCGACGCCGGACAUGGGGAAUUCAACUUCGACACCAGACAUAGGGAAUUCAACUACGACGCCAGAUAUGGGAAACUCGACUGCUACGUUGGACGUGACAAAUACGGCCUCGUCAACAACCAACGCAAUUAAUUCCACUUCACAUUUGAAUAUUGAAAAUGUGACAGCGUCAACAGAUUCUAACAUGACGACGUCAGAGUAUGUGACGGUGACGAUGACAUCUGAAUAUAUGGCUAUUGUGACUGAUGACUCAAACGUUACAGAUAUCACAAAUUUAAUCGAUACUGCAAUGGCAGGAAGUAACGUUUCAUAUAAUGCAAGUACAGGGAAUUUAACAACGUUGUUUCCUACAAACAAGUCAAUGGAGGAGUCCCAGACGACAGAAUUCGAUGAUACAAGAAAGAGAAGUGGACCAAGCAUACCAGUUGCACUGUACAUGAGUAUCUCAGUUAUUUUGGCACUAUGUGUUGUAUUACUACUGGGUAUCAUUGCGCACGUGUGUGCCUCUAUGCGAAACAGGCCGACCUCUUACAACAUCUCGAGCCGUGUUAACGGUCAUCAUAACCCAGCGUUUGACAGCGGUGAAGUCGCCGAUGAUGACGAAGAUAAUCCGGUUAAGGGUAUAAUGCGAGAACCCAUAGGGGACAUCGAGUCGGGGUUAUACAGUGACAACGAGCGAACUCCGUUAUGAUUGAAAAUUUUUAAAAGUCAACAGAGAGCCGAAGAAUGACUUUUCUGACAAUAAGUGAAAAUAGUUUAAUAGAAGCUUGCCAAAAUCGAAUAAAUUUCUGUGAUUACAUACAUUCCGAAUGAUUGAGGUAUGUGUACAGCUUUUAUUGAAUGUAUAAUUUCACUUCACUAAUUUCAGAACUGAUGGUAUUAUAUUUAUUAUGGUUCUGGAACCAUACCUUUUAUUCAAACAUAUUUUAGUGCACUUGAUUCAUAUAUAGGGUCACAUACUUUGAAAUAAAAUUAUCAUCAUGAUAAACGGAUUAAUUUCGUCUAACUAUUAGUUCAGAUUUUGAAAACAAAAGUUUUGAUUUACCGAAACUUCAUAGGCUUGUAUUUAGUGUCACUACUCCGUUAUUUCGAACAAUGACUCUUUACAUCAAUGUUCUCAAUAGCGUUGGUUCUUAGGCAGUACUUGAAAAAUAAAUAUUAUUGUAUUAAUUUCCAUUUUGUCACGGUACAAAUUAUGGUUUACAAAACCAUAACCCUAAUCCGUUAUACCCGAAACAGUUUGUGUACUCGCUACUUCCUCCAAAGUAGAGAAGAAAUUUUAUCUCAAAUACAUCCGACAAGCUCUCCAAAUAAACUAAUAAACAAACCCCCCCCCCGAUUAGUCGCCGGUGCUAAAUAAAUUAGGAUUCGUGUCAUCUUGUAGUUAUGUAAAUAGAAUGAUGCGUUGUGUGAUUGUAAUGUUAUCGUUGGAAAGCGAUUAACGCCUAAAUAUUUUGCAAUGUGCCUUGAUAAGCUCUCGAUUACGAGUGUAAGCUAGUUUGUGCUCAUUUCGUUAUGUACAUGAUAACGGAAAUAUUCAAUGCAUUCAUAUCUCUUUUUAUAUGUUUUAGAUCUCAGUGCAAUUUUCAACCAAGCUGUAAAUCGAACAACGUCAUCCUUAGGAUUCUAAUUAUCUGUAUUUUGAAUAAUUUAUUUAUAUUCAUUCACACUCCUUGAAAUUAAAGAGGAAAUUAAAAAAAAUAAAUGUGUAACAAUAGUAGCACAAUAAUGGUGAUGGUUUUUGCUUCUUUUUUACUUCUAUAAAUUCAUUAGUAAAUAAACAUAAUGAAGGCUGAAACGUAAUAUUUCCAAAUAUAAUACCGUUCGAUAAAGGUACUUUAGUAGUCAAAUUUCAUAUUUGAAUAAAGCACCCUCUUUUUGUUUUAGGAACCAUUAAUCGCUACCAAUAUCGCAUUUCACUUAUUUAUUGUAUAUUAGAUUUUUUUACAAAAUGUAAUAUCGAUUAAAUGCCGUACUCAAUGGCUUAGGUUCGGUAUGCGGGGUAUUGAACUCCGGACUUUCUUGUCUAGUCAGGCAGUCCAGAAAUCUCGGCCACGGCACCUACAUGGGGUCUAAUGCCACAGCAACCGCCGUAGCGAAAUGUAAUUUAUUUUCAUAUAUAGAUUGGAAUUGAUACAUCUUGCCAUAUAUUUCUUGUAUGUUUUGGUCCUUUAAUAUUUUGUACAAUGUAUUGUAAAUAUGCUUUCUUUUAGGGGCAUUUGGUAAUGAAAUAGACUUCAU